UGUUGAGGCAGCACCGUAUGAGUGUCUCUUGUGACCGCAGAUCACCACUUCGUCCCCAGGUCGACUGAUGGUUCGGUGUAGAGCUGGAGGAGAGCUGUGGACAAGUGAAAGUGUCCCACAAAACGGUCCUGGAUGGCUGCUCUGAGAUCAGCAAUCUGUUUGGACUGCCCAGAACCCAUGUCCAUGAACCUGGUCAGAAGAGAGUCUUCCUUCUGCAAUUCAUCAGAGAGCUGUUGAAUAUCCUCCUUAAGAGUGACGCAAGGCUAUCUCUUGUUGACACCUGUGACAUCUGUUUCUGAUUGCUGGCUUUGGGGACAUCAUGAUAUAGAGCAUGCAGGACAUUCCCCACUGAUGGCAGUGAUGGAGAAUGAGACGUUGCCGCACCCCUCAUAUGUCCCACAUUAUCUGCUCCAUGGUGAUCCUUUCACCUCGAGACUCUCCAGAGAGGCGGAUAUCGUUGCAGCCUUUUACAUCUGUAUCAUAGGAAUAAUGUCUGCAACAGGGAACGGCUACGUCAUUUAUAUGACCUUCAAACGCAAGACCAAGUUGAAGCCUCCAGAGCUCAUGACUGUUAAUCUAGCCAUCUUCGACUUUGGCAUUUCAGUGACAGGAAAGCCCUUUUUCAUUGUAUCUAGUUUCUCCCACCGCUGGUUGUUCGGCUGGAAAGGCUGUCGUUUCUAUGGCUGGGCAGGCUUCUUCUUUGGUUGUGGGAGCCUCAUCACGAUGACCAUGGUCAGCCUAGACCGGUACCUCAAAAUCUGCCAUCUCAGAUAUGGCACAUGGCUAAAACGCCACCACGCCUUCCUGUGCCUGGCCUUUGUGUGGGUGUAUGCAGCCUUCUGGGCCACCAUGCCCCUAGUUGGCUGGGGAAACUAUGCCCCAGAGCCCUUUGGGACUUCCUGCACACUGGACUGGUGGCUGGCACAGGCCUCUGUGUCUGGCCAGAGCUUCGUCAUGGCCAUCCUAUUCUUCUGUCUCGUCCUCCCCACUGGCAUUAUCGUCUUCUCCUAUGUCAUGAUCAUCUUCAAGGUCAAGUCUUCUGCAAAGGAAAUCUCGCACUUUGACGCCCGCAUCAAAAACAGCCACAACCUUGAGAUGAAACUCACAAAGGUGGCAAUGCUGAUCUGUGCAGGCUUCUUGAUAGCCUGGAUCCCUUAUGCAGUGGUGUCAGUGGUGUCUGCGUUUGGUGAGCCAGACUCAGUGCCCAUCCCUGUGUCUGUCAUUCCCACCUUGUUGGCCAAGUCCUCAGCCAUGUACAACCCCAUCAUCUACCAGGUCGUGGACCUGAAAAACUCCUGCGCGAAAUCCUCCUGUUUGAAGGUUCUGAAGAAACGCAAGCAUUUUAGAAAGUCAAGGUUCUACACCAUCUCUGGCUCAUUAAAGGACACACCACCAGCCAAAGAAGCUCACUUCGAGAUGUGA